AUGACAGGUGACGUCUGCCCUUCCUCUCGUGACUUGGAGCGGGCUUUGUCGCUACCGAUGGUUGAAGCGUUUCACGUUAGCGCUUGGUAUGUACUUCAGUAUUACGAAAAGGCGAUUGAUUCCUCAGAUUUAUUGUCGUUGCGCGGGCUUAUAACUCUGUCUCUAAACAACCUGUGUCGAUCGGAAGAGGCUGCUGACGGAAUUGAGGCAUUUGAACUUCUUCUUCGCAUGGCUCUGCGCGAUGCCAAGUGGCUUCGAGUGCGAUGCAUCGAAACACAAUAUAGCUGUUUUAUUCGCGUAGCUUCUGCCCUGGAGGAGUUGAACAUAACCCCAAUAGCGAAGUACGUUAUUAGCGAUACACGGAGUGAGGGAGAACAACUUGUCAGGGUGUUGGAUGGUAAGGCGAUCUUUCGGCCUCCGUUAGGGUGCAGGGAAGAGAUCAGAGAGAUUUUGCGGACGGCGAGGGUUCAUGAGCUGCAGCAACUUGACCGAUGUGUGCGAUAUGAGGAUGGACCCCCUUCUCACAACCACAGUGCUGUGCAUUACACUUUAGCAGGAAACCAUUCGUACGGUGGAGAGUCAAUAACGGGCGUCCAAACAGCGGGGCGGAGUUCAUGGAACGCUAAGGGUUGCUCGUCCCGUCUGCUUCCGGAGAAGGAAGAUUUGAUCGAUAGGAUUUUAUCAGUUUCCGAUGAAGAAGGACAGCUUGCUAGUGCGUGGGAUAGAACCGUUGGUCCGAUAUGUUGUGUUCAUCAAUUGUUCAGAGAUAGCAUACUAAAGAUUAGUGAAUUAAUCCACGAAGUAACGGCCCCAAGCAUUCGUGAUGAUAUAUGCAAAUACCCGGGUUCAGCUCCAGCGGGGUGCAGGUCCUCUGACACCACCAUCCUGAAGAUCGUAUCGAAGUUGAUGUUGCGCCAGAGUUCUGACUUGCGCGGCCCCUGGAUGUUGUGGCCUCAAGCGUGUAGAAUAGUGGGGGGUGAGUCCUCUGGAGGUGUUGUGCCACUUCUUGCUUCUUCCCCAAAGGCUUUGGUAAGCUUCAGGGAGGCAAUAGAACUGUGCCAACGCUUGUGUGAACUUCGACACGCCAAAACCCUGAAACAGUGCAGCGCUGAUAUUGUGUUGGAAUAUCACAGCACUAUUGAGAAAAAGCUCGCGUUAUUGGACAGCAGGCCGUUAACUGCCGAUGACUGCGCCGACGAGACUGCGCGACGGAAGAGGACGUACUCAGUGACAACCAGUGCCGAUGUGAGUGAUGGUUGUGCCCUGUCUGUGGAGGAGCUACUGCACCAUGGUGGUUUGCUCUAUGAGCAUCUUCUUCAUUUCCUUCCUAAAUACCGCUGGUUUGCGUGUGCUGAGCUUUUAGUUCCUUUACUGCAGGCCCACAAGAGGUGGGACCUGGUAAACAUGUGGCUGCGGAAACUACUUGACGAACCUGUUUACGUCGUCAGUACGAGUUUCGGAACACCAACCUUUCCCAUGUACUACCGCUACGAGAAGCGGGGUAAGUGGUGGAAUCUCCUUGCACAGGGUCAUGCACACUUGGGUGACAAGGAGGGUGCGUUUCAAUUGCUUGAAAAGCGACAGAGCGCCUGGAGGGAACAAGAUUCUCCCCAACGGUAUCUACGCAUGGAACGCGCAGAAGAGCUUCCUGUAUCUAUUCAGCGUCGCGCUCGCCUUCUUUGCGCACUGUUCCGUGUGGGGAGGGGCCGAAACAGUGGGUCCCAAAAGGCUGUGGCUCUUUACAACGCUGUCGGUGAGCAUCACCGACUUCACUUCUACCGGCGGUCUGAUCGCAUUGCGAUAGAGAGGACACUUCUGUCGCUGCAAAGUUUUUUGCGCCGCUGGACCCCAACGUCGCCCAACCUCUCGAGUUUCACAGCCCACAUGCUUUCGGCGCCCGAGACAACAAUCCCUGGGGAUAAGGACCAUUCAGAUGCCACGUUUUGGGGCGAUACCAAGCCUUCAACUGGCUGUUUCAGUGCGGAGAAGUGUGUGCUCCGAUGGUUUGGGCUGCCGAAGGUACAUGAGAGUGGCGACGGUACGUGUCGACCUUCGUCGUGGACGGGUUUGCACUGCAAAGGGCGUUGGGUUAACUAUCUGGGGCGACUCCUUUUGUGGGAUGCGUUUCACUUUGAUCCAGAUGCCCUCCCCCGGGGAAAUGAGUCGAUGACUGGGUCUGUACCGGAGUUUGUUUGGCUCUCGCCAGUACAAGAAACUCCGUUAGAUCUCGAAACAAGCAGCAUCAGUUUCCAGCAACGACGUCGGCACAUCAUCGAAAAGAGCUUAAGGUUCUUUGAGCGGUGCUCCAGAGAUGUUCUCAUCUACUACGUGCGUCAACGGUGCGUUUCAGAGAACAGUGGGGCCUGUGAAGAUAACUCCAAGCAGAAGUCAAACUCUAGUAGCCUUAAAGAACCCCUUCACGCAAAUGACGUUGGGGCUGACUUCAUAUCGGGCGAUGAAAAUUUUGUGCCUCUCGGCCAGCCGGUUAGGUCGCCCAACUCUCAAGAAAAAGACGGGCCGACUGCGUCCUUUAUACCUGCCGAGCAGCUUUUGGACCCUGAGGAGUUUCCUCUAUUUGACCUCCUGCAGGCGGUCCCGCAGGGUGCACUAUGCGCUCUUCUCCGUUGUUUGUACCUUCCACCGCCUGAAGAUGGUUAUAGUGUUCACUUUGACAGUUUUCCCGACCUUGUGUUGUGGCGUGAAGUGCCAUCCCAACCAGACGGAUACGAGUUCAAGCUGGUGGAGGUGCUUGGCCCGAACGAGUCGUUGAGCGAAAAACAGAUCAGCACUAUCGACACGUUGCUGCGGUGCAAGUUUGAUGUCACUGUGGCACAUGUCACCGAUGUAGACGAAGGGAAAAAAAAAUCAAAUCGUUCUAAAGGCCGCCAUGACGGAACGGAACAUGGGAGGGGUCGCAACCGACAGGACGGAGCGCACCCUCCUGUAUAA